CAGAUCCACAGAGGAUCCAAAGUUUGAUCAGGAUGUGUCGCCUGUCUGUUUUCUCGGCUCUGGCUCUUCUGCUGCUGUCUGCCUGCUGCUGGGCUGACUCUGAGUUAGAGGACCUUUCUGUGUCUGAACUCUUGGAGCGAGCCAACCGCAACCUGGUCCGUUCUGAUGAUGAGCCCAUCCUGAUCGAAGGAGACAUUGCCAUUAACACUGAUGCAGAGAAAAACGCUGAUCCCUGCACCAGCUCAGGCUGCCUGUGGGGCAAAUGGACCGAUGGGAACGUUUACAUUCCUUACUACAUUACCAACCACUUCACCGACCGUGAGAAGGCCAUCAUCACCCGUGGACUGGAGUCUUUUUCAUCCUUCUCCUGCAUCCGCUUCAGGCCCAGCAGAAGCACCGACAGUGACUGGCUGAGCAUCGAGUCCCAAUCCGGCUGCUGGUCUUAUGUUGGCCGUCGUGGUGGUAAGCAGGUGGUGUCUCUGGCUAGGAGUGGAUGCCUGUACCACGGCACCGUCCAGCACGAACUGCUCCACGCUCUGGGCUUCAACCACGAACAGACCCGCUCUGACAGGGACAACUACAUCAAAGUUCUGCUGCAAAACGUUCAGUCAGGAAUGGAGCACAACUUUAGGAAGAUUGCCACCCUCAACCAGGGUACUCCCUAUGAUUACAACUCUGUCAUGCAGUACCACAGGUAUGCCUUCUCCAAGAACAACCAGCCCACCAUGGUCCCUAUCCCUGAUCCUAAUGUUUCCUUUGGAAACGCCAAGGAGAUGAGUCGCUAUGACAUCGAAAGGCUCACCAAGCUCUACAAGUGCUAAGGACGUCCGCCCACGUUAGAUGGCAGAGAUCAAAGAGAAGACUGCACAUGCAGCAGACCUGAACAGGAACAGCGUUCCUUCUGUAACACAUAACAUGUCUCUAUAAUAAGCAUUCUUCUUCCUUUAAUUAUUUUUGAGCCUCAUUUGAAGAACUCUCAUUAAUUGAUAAUCUACAUUUCAGUUGUUAGUCCAGCAAUAUAUUUUGUUCUCUAACAAUUUUUUUUUUAUCUUUAGAAUUUUCACACAAACUAUAAUCAGUACUUUGUGUAAAUUUUUCUGCAACGGAAGUUUGUUAUCCUCCACGUAAUGCGCCAGAGUUUCAAAUCUCAAAAGUUUUCCUCGGACUCUGUAUGUCAGAUCUUUUCAUUGAGCUCUUUGUGUUCGUGGGAAUAAAACCUGUGUUUCAAGCAAG